AUGUAUGAAAUGACUUCACACACACACACACCCCGCUCUGACAGAAUGCCACAUACUACGCUUGAACUCUUCACGGGUGUCGUGACAUUCCUCGAAGCUAAAGCCGAAGCCGAAGCCGAAGCCCGAAGUCCGAUGGUCAUUAUGCAGUACAACGGGACCAAGGCGGACUUAGGAGUUAUUGAAAUUCAUUUUUAUGAGGAUUGA